AGAUAUUUUUAGAUACAAGUCGGUUUCGUCAAUAAAUAUCUCCUCAUCAUCCUCCACCUUCUUCAUCUCACAAUAAUCUACCCGUUCUAGAGAGAGAAAGAGAGAGUAUACGUAUUCUGCAUCGAUUGAUCCACCGAUCUAUGCGAACCGUCGGACACUCACCGUUGCCGGUUUGAUUUUCACCGUUCCGAUUAGAUUAUGAGCUGGUUUGACAAACUCCGGGGUUCUAAUUGUAGCCGCUUUAUUGCCGGCCUUUUGAUUUUCAUUCUUUACCAUUCUAAUCAAUUAGUUUCUAAUUUUCCUAAUCCUAUACAACCGUCUAAUCCAGUUUCGAUUUCGAUUUGAAUUUGAAUUUGCGUUUCAUUUGUUGAUUUAAAUAAAUCUGCGUUCACCGGAUCUGCCUCGCCUUCGUUGUAGUGUUGGUUUCUCGAUCUCUAGGUUUUGUUGUUUGAUUCGCUAUGGAGUUCAACGGUUCGAUUUCUGGCACUUUCGCGUCGUGCCUUGAGAUAAAACAGAGUUCAAAGCCUCGUGUCGUCGUGAUAGGAAGUGGUAUUUCAGGGAUAUCUGCUGCACAUGUGCUCAACAAUGCUGACUUUGAGAUUGUGUUAUUGGAAUCACGGGAUAGAAUCGGUGGCCGGAUUCACACUGAUUAUUCGUUUGGUUGCCCGGUGGAUAUGGGAGCAUCAUGGUUACAUGGUGUCUGCAAUGAAAAUCCUUUGGCCCCAUUGAUACGUCAUUUAGGGCUUGCGUUAUAUCGGACAAGUGGUGACAACUCAGUGCUAUAUGACCAUGAUUUGGAGAGCUAUAUGCUUUUUGACAAGGAAGGUAAUCAGGUUCCUCAACAGAUGGUAAUUGAAGUCGGACAAGCAUUUGAGAGAAUUCUCAAGAAGACUGAAGAAGUGAGGAAUGAAAAUCAACACGAUCUUUCCGUCCUUCAGGCAAUAUCAGUAGUAUUGGAACGACAUCCGGAUUUAAGACAAGAGGGACUGGCAUAUGAAGUGUUACAGUGGUACAUUUGCAGAAUGGAAGCAUGGUUUGCUGCAGAUUUAGAUAUGAUAUCUCUGAAAAACUGGGAUGAGGAAAACGUUCUCACUGGUGGGCAUGGGCUGAUGGUUGAGGGUUACUAUCCCGUGCUAAACGCUCUGGCAAAGGAUAUCGAUAUUCGUCUAAAUCACAGGGUUACAAAGAUAUCAAAUGAAGGGUCCAAGGAGGUCGUGAUUACAGUCGAGGGUGGAAGAAGAUUCGUUGCAGACGCUGCUAUCAUUACGGUCCCUAUCGGCGUACUCAAGGCGAAGUUGAUCGAGUUUGAGCCAGAGUUACCAGAGUGGAAGACUUCUGCUAUAUCAGAUCUUGGUAUGGGGAAUGAAAAUAAGAUUGCGUUACGUUUCGAUAACGUGUUCUGGCCAAACGUCGAGUUGUUGGGCACCGUCGCACCAACAUCAUAUUCUUGCGGCUAUUUUUUAAACCUACACAAGGCAACUGGACAUCCGGUCCUUGUUUAUAUGGCGGCUGGAAGAUUCGCUUAUGACCUCGAGAAUCUAUCUGAAGAAGCCGCUGCUGAUUUUGCAAUGGUGCAGCUUAAGAAGAUGUUCCCUCAAGCAACCCAACCCGUUCAGUAUCUUGUUUCGCGUUGGGGAACAGACCCGAACUCUCUUGGAUGCUACUCGUACGAUGUGGUUGGAAAGCCGAGUGAUAUCUAUGACAGGCUACGUGCUCCUUUGGGUAAUCUCUUCUUUGGAGGUGAAGCGGUUAGCGUGGAAAACCAGGGGUCGGUGCAUGGAGCUUACUCGUCCGGUGUUGCUGCUGCAGAAAAAUGCCGGAACCUUCUAAUGGAAAAACGCGGUUUCUUGGACAAGUUUCGUAUGUUCUCUUUCAGUGAUGCGAUUUUUGAAGCCGCGUUCCCUCUCCAAAUCUCCAGGAUGUGAUUGAUGAUGCGGACAUCCUUCAUCAGUCCUAAGUUUAAGUUCCGUUUCAGCUUUUAUGUUUUGACUUCCGUUUUGAUGCAAGUUUAAAACGGACUCUGUUAAUUUGGUAUUUCGAAUUUGAAUAAUGGAUUCUGAACGUUGAAAUAUGUUAGCAUCGUAUUUGCGACCACA